AUGUCCCUAGCCGACCCGGACACACAACAUCUGGCCGUUCUUGGCUUAUCAACAGGCAGUGAAAAGGACGCCCUCGAGGGGCUGAUCGCCGGGGCAGCACGCGCCUCUUCCACAGGCUUCGCUGAGGAUGCGGGUGAGGGGUGGGGGCUUCACGGCGGCUCCGCCCCUCGACAGCUGCCCACGGACCACGCAAGUCCAGCAGUCGAAGGCGGGAGCCAGCCGAAACGUGUUAGGCAGACAAGGGCGUUGGACACGGACGUGAGUAAGCACGAGGCGAACUCGGGAGGGACCGCGAAGCCACGAACCCUGCGUGGCCGCGCACCACGCUCCGUCGUUGCCGCUGCUGCGUCACGGCACAAAAAUGUGUCGCCCGCGCCGCCGCCCUCGGUGGCGUUCCAGGCGGACAAGACCUGCAGGGACGCCGAGGCGCUGCCCCCCUUAGCUGAGCUUCUGCACAGCAAGCUGCUCCGGCCCGUGAACGAGUGCCUUCACAUAACCUCCCUCACCCGCAUUCAAAAACUGAGCUGGACGCCCAUGGUUGACAGGACGCGUGAUGUUCUUGUCCGGAGCGAAACUGGGAGUGGGAAGACACUGGCGUAUGCUCUUCCGCUGCUGCAACAAUUGCUGUGUGCGUGUGAUGCGCAGCCCCUCCAACGUCAGGUUGGGACGAUUGUUAUCGUCCUUUGCCCCACUCGAGAGCUGGUGGUGCAGGUCACCGAGGUGCUCGGCGUUCUCACCCGAUGCGCCCUUUUUCUAACUGUGGGUGGUAUUCAUGGCGGCGAAAAUCGGCACAAGGAAAAGGCGCGGCUGCGCAAGGGGAUCCCUCUCUUGGCAGCGACACCCGGUAGACUUCUCGACCACCUAAAGGCGACCGCGUCCUUUCGUGUUGAGGAGCUGCAGACAAUUGUCCUCGAUGAGGCGGAUCGGUUGCUGGACAUGGGGUUUGAACAGGCCAUAAAGGAGAUUAUGGGGAUGCUGUUGGAGCGCACAGAGAACGCGGCCCGCUCCCGUGUCGUGGGCUCGACCGGAGGGCAGGAAAAACACUCCCUCAAGCGCGUCCUGGUGUCGGCAACGAUAACUGCUGGGGUGGAGAGACUCACGCAUUUUGCGCUUCGAAGCAACGUCCUCCGUGUGGGGGAGACGGAGGACACCUUUUCCAUUCCCUCCUCGCUUCGCCAGCACUACGCACUGGUGCCGGUCAAGCAUCGACUCUCAACCCUCAUAAGUUUUCUGCGUUCCCAAUUCGAUGCCGGCGCACAAAGGAUCCUUGUUUUCGUCUCCACUGCUGAUAGCGCAGAGUUUCAUUACUAUUUGCUCUCACGGCUGCGCUCCCCGUUCCGCGGCAAGAGGGCGAACGGACAAGGCAACACCGCAGCUGGACAGCGUGCUCACCGCCACCGCGUGAGGCGACAGGUGGAGGAGGCCAACAGGCACCUCCAAGACCACCGCGAGGACGUUGUCACCUUCGAGGAUGAUUCGAGCAGCGAGGAGGAGAAUGCUGCGGGGCAAGCACUCGCAGAGAGCGACGCACUUCUUGAUGCCAAUAUUUUCAAGUUGCAUGGAAAUAUGCCACAGGUUGACCGCGCCUCCGUUUUUAAGGCCUUCAAGCAGCUUGAUGCGGCCGCCCAGCGUUCUCCAAGGGGUGUUCUCUUCUGUACAGACGUGGCUGCCCGAGGGCUGGAUAUGCCGCGGGUGGACUGGAUCGUGCACUACGACCCCCCGGCGGAUCCGGCGUGCUACGUUCACCGUAUCGGGCGCACCGCCCGCAUUGGCAACGCCGGAGACUCCCUGCUG